CCGCUCGAACGAAUCAUCACCCCCCUUCCUUUCUCUUCCCACUCACCUGGCGGUCGCCGGCCGAGCGCGAGGCCACCGAUCAAUCGACGCCCUCCUGCCUUGGUCUCAGAGUGUCGCACGAUCAUCGAACCCUCUCCGCAGAAAGUGCCUCCGUCCAGGCGACCUCUCGUUUGGUGGUUUAUUUCCCAGAACUGCUGGGGGCUCAGGUGUUCAAUUGAAACCCCGCGACCCUCGUUUAGGUUCAUCCCUGAAGUCAGUUCUUGGCAAAAUUUGGGAAUUCUGACAUGCCCUGGAGAUCUGCUACCGUUCCAUGUUCGGCCAAACAAUAACAGUGGUACUGUACUAGCUUGAUUCUGCCAAGUGUGGUAUGUGAUUGCUGUCGUUCAGAAUUCAGAAGUUCAAGGGGUUACUGUUGCAGAUUUAGCAUUGUUUGCUACAACGUUGCUGGUGUUUCAGACUUGCAGUAUGUGUAUUUGGGCAUAGAGAGAUUGCAUUGAGCUAGUGCUUUAGUCUCAGCUGUGAUAGGUCGCAAUGGGGGUUCCAAGGGCCUGUUCGGUUUGCUGGCUGUUCCGUGCGCUGGUUCUUGUUUGCACCUUGUAUCUGAUACUCUCUGUUGGAUCAGUGGCAGCUCAAACUGCUCAAUUGAGUGUGGAUGCUUCACCUCAGAAUGCUCAGAUGAUCCCUGGAAAUAUGUUUGGCAUCUUUUUUGAGGAGAUCAACCAUGCCGGAGCUGGUGGAUUGUGGGCAGAACUUGUAAGCAACAGAGGUUUUGAAGCUGGCGGUUCUAAUACUCCUUCAAACAUUGACCCAUGGUUGAUUAUUGGGGAUGAAUCAAAUAUUAUUGUGGCAACAGAUCGGUCAUCGUGUUUUCCUGGUAACCCAAUUGCACUUCGAAUGGAAGUACUUUGUGAAGCUAGUGGAACUAAUACAUGCCCAUUAGGAGGUGUUGGAAUCUACAAUCCUGGUUACUGGGGCAUGAACAUUGAGAGAGCGAAGGUUUAUAAAGUUAGCAUGUACAUUAUGUCAUCAGACUCGGUGGAUCUGACAGUUUCUUUGACAAGUUCAGAUGGUCUUCAAAAUCUAGCUGCUCAUGCCAUCAUGGCUGACAAGGGAGAUUUUGCAGUGUGGACGAAGGUUGAAUUCGAUUUGCAAUCAAAUGAAAGAAAUACUAAUUCAAGGCUUCAGCUUACAACCAGCAAAAGUGGCAUAAUUUGGUUUGAUCAAGUGUCACUUAUGCCAUCAGAUACUUACAUGGGACAUGGUUUUCGUAAAGAUCUUGUCUCUAUGCUGGCAAAUCUGAAGCCUCAAUUUCUAAAGUUUCCAGGUGGCAACUAUGUGAUGGGGAAUUAUUUAUUAAAUGCAUUCCGUUGGAGUGAAACUGUUGGACCAUGGGAAGAGAGACCUGGUCACUUCAAUGAUGCUUGGGGCUACUGGACUGAUGAUGGACUUGGAUUUUUUGAGUUCCUCCAACUAGCAGAAGACCUUGGUGCUUGCCCAGUUUGGGUGGUCAAUGAUGGGGCCAGCCUUAAUGAAGAAGUUCCAUCUGCAACAAUAGCCGCUUUCGUAAAGGAUGUUGUUGAUGGUAUUGAGUUUGCCAGGGGAGACAUCCAGACUACAUGGGGUUCAGUUCGUGCAGCAAUGGGACAUCCAGAGCCCUUUCAGCUUUAUUAUGUUUCAAUAGGGAAUCAAGAAUGUUCGAGGCACUACUAUAAAGAGAACUAUGUGAAGUUCUAUUCUGCGAUAAAAGCAUCAUACCCAGACGUCAAAGUCAUAUCUAGCUGUGACAGAUCUACUAUUUCACCACUCAACCCAGCUGAUCUAUAUGAUGUUCAUGUCUAUGCCUCAUCUGGUGAUAUGUUUUCCAAGUCCAGAAUGUUUGAUAACGCAGGUCGCAGUGGACCCAAGGCAAUUGUUAGUGAGUAUGCUGUGACUGGAAAUGAUGCUGGCCGAGGAACGCUCAUAGCUGCUUUAGCUGAAGCUGCGUUUCUCAUUGGACUAGAAAGAAACAGUGAUGUGGUUGAGAUGGCAAGUUGUGCCCCACUCUUUGCAAAUGACAACGAUCGCAGGUGGAAUCCAGAUGCCAUAGUCUUUAACUCAUGGCAACACUAUGGAUGUCCAAAUUACUGGAUGCUACACUUCUUCAAGGAUUCAAGUGGCGCAACGCUUCACCCCGCGACCAUUCAACUGUCAAACUAUGAUCAAUUGGUCACAUCUGCUAUCACUUGGAAGAAUCCCCAAGAUGGAAACACUUACCUGAAAAUAAAGGUUGUCAAUUUCGGUAACCAAGUUGUGAGUCUCAAUAUAUCUGUAACUGGGCUGGAAACUGAGAUUCAGACAUUUGGGUCCAUAAAGACGGUUCUCACGUCUGGUAGGCUGCGGGAUGAGAACUCCUUCCAACAGCCAGACAAGCUGGCCGUGUACGGCGCGCUCGGCCUCGGCGGGAAGCCCGAGGGCGAGGCCGCCAAGGUCGCGCUGUCCGUCGUGUACAUGUUCAUCUUCGCCUGGCUCGAGGCCGCCACGGGCGGCGCCUCUUACAACCCGCUCACCGUCCUGGCCGCUGCCCUCGCCUCCCGCGGCGGACCCGCCGUCUACCUGUUCACUGCCUUCGUGCGAAUCCCUUCCCAGGUGAUUGGGGCAAUUCUUGGAGUAAAGCUCAUCCGAUUAGCUUUCCCUAAUGUUGGUAAAGGAGCCCGCUUAAAUGCUGGUGCUCAUCAUGGAGCAUUAGCUGAAGGAUUAGCGACUUUCAUGGUUGUUAUGGUGUCAGUGACUCUUAAGAAGAAGGAGAUGAAAAGUUUCUUUAUGAAGACAUGGAUCACGAGCGUUUGGAAGAACACAAUUCAUAUCCUUAGCUCGGAUAUAACUGGAGGGAUUAUGAACCCUGCAUCUGCUUUUGCUUGGGCAUAUGCUCGAGGAGAUCACACGACAUUCGACCACCUACUCGUAUAUUGGCUGGCGCCCCUCCAAGCAACCCUGCUAGGAGUAUGGGUAGUGACAUUCUUAACUAAACCCAAGAAGAUCAAGGAGCAAGAAGCAGAUGAAAACAAGACAAAGAAGGAGUAGAGUAUUGUUGAAUUAGUAUCCACCAUUUGUUGUGGAGCUAGAACUUGAUUUCAAUUUCUUUUCACCAGACAAGAUGAAGGUUUUGAAGCUAAUCUGAUAAAUGCCCAUUUGUCAGCUUGUGAAAAGCCUCCUCGAUCUGUAUUUCUUGUAUCUGGCUUAGCUUAAAUUGUGCAGAAGCUUGUACAUAAUUGUUCCAGCCAGACAUUUGGAAACAGUAUGUGGGAGAUAAAACUGCUCAGACUCAGACUUGUCGUGUACAUUAUUGUGCACAAGAUCAUUGAAAGUAUCUUCAGUCUCAGUUGAUAA